AUGGCAUCCACAGAGAAAGUGUACAUUUUUAUUGAUAAUUCCAAUAAUUGGAUUCAAGGGAAAUUUGCUGUUGGCAAACUUGAACGGUUGGGAUUGGGAAGUCAUAUUAAUAAGAGAGAUUCUUAUUACUUUGACCACUUACGCAUUGAAUAUGGUUGUCUCAUCGAAAAGAUUCAGGGUAAACGUAUAUUAGGAGAUAAACCGUUUAUAGUUGGCUCCCGUCCGCCAAUAAACGACUCAAUGUGGAAACGGUUUGAAGAACAGGGAUGUGAGAUAAAAGUAUUUGAUAGGAAUGUUGAAAACCGUGAAAAGAAGGUUGAUCAGGCACUUUCUCGUGCUGCGUACAAAAAAAUCCAUUUUAAAGAACCUGCUAUUUUGGCAUUAGUGGCUGGUGAUGGUGAUUAUCAUCCUAUGAUAGAAGAAGCUCUAGAAUAUGGAAUGUCUCGUGAACUUAAAAGUGAUGCCUUUUAUAUGCCUCUUGACGAUUGUUAUAAAUAUAUCGCAUACGGUGAUGGUUUAUGUUCUGUAGAUGAAGUACUAACUCUUGAAGUUACUGGUGACUCCCUCAUAAAUUGGACUGAUAAAAUGAU